AUGUUAGGGACACGGUACAUGGUAUCGUCUCAGCCUUCACGGCCUCUUCCCGACAAAGUCCGCGCCUGGAGAGAGGGUUCUCCGUCCGCGGGUCCCCGGCAGAACACCCGCAGCGUUCUCCGCUGUCUGUGCCACCUUUGGAGCAUUACCCGGACUUCUCCUGGCCCGGGCUCCGCUCCCCAUCCCCUGAGGGUGCCUUCCCGCGUCGCUGUGGAAGGUGACCCGAAAUGCCCGGCGGGCCGCCCGGGCGUCGCGAGGCCCGCCGCCGCCUACUUGCUGGCGCUAGGUUGCAGUGUUGUUAUUGCUUCUCGUAAAUUUGACAGAUUAAAAGCUGCUGCAGAAGAACUGAAUAACACAUUUUCUUCCAUGAGUCCUGCCAAAGUGACUCCCAUACAGUGCAAUAUCCGCAAAGAAGAAGAGGUAGAAGCUUUGGUGAAGUCUACGCUGGGUCUGCAUGGGAAGAUUGACUUCCUAGUGAAUAAUGGAGGGGGCCAAUUCGCAAGUCCUUCUGAAGCCAUCCGUGCAAAAGGCUGGAAUGCUGUGAUAGACACGAAUCUGACAGGGACCUUCUACUGCUGCAAAGCAGUGUACAAUGCCUGGAUGCAGGAACAUGGAGGAGUCAUUGUCAACAUUACUGCUGCCGUGAGAAAUGGGUUUCCUGGAAUGUCGCAUACAGGAGCUGCUAGAGCUGCAGUGAAUAACCUAACCAAGACUUUAGCUUUAGAAUGGGCCCACAGCGGAGUAAGAAUCAACAGCGUUGCUCCUGGAAUAGUAUUUUCAGAAACUGCUGUUGCAAACUAUGGAGAACAAGGUACAAUGAUGUGGUUAAAGAGCAUACCAAAGGUUCCUGCCAAGAGGUCAGCAGUUCCUGAGGAGAUCUCUCCUGCAGUGUGUUUCCUACUGUCUCCAGCUGCUUCUUACAUAACUGGGAUAACCAUGGUCGUGGAUGGUGGCCAAAGUUUAUAUAGCCAUACCCUAGAAAUACCCGAUCAUGACAGAUGGCCCUCACCACCAGAAGGAAAAAAUUCUGAAAUGCUUAAAACGCUUCUUUCUGGCAAGUUCAAACCAAAGCUGUAAAAGAAUGAGAUUUCACCUUAUUCCCAGUUGCACACUCGCUGAUAAUCUCGCUUUGUGACUUGGGCUUAUUAUUCUCAGUAAUAUAAUUUUUUUUGCUCAUACAUAACUGCAUUGAGUGCCUUGAUUUUCAUUG